AUCAUGGCGGCCCAGGAUGGUAGUGAAGGACUGGGAAUGGAAACUGCAGCCAGUCUUAAGGAACCAGAAGUAUUGUGCGAGAACACAAACAAAGCGGACGCAGCAGGGACUGAACAAGUGUCUUUGACAGACGGGGAAGACUCCUCAACUCAGGUCCCCGCUGUCAGUAACGGAGAGGACAGUGAUGAAGGAAAAGAAAUGGUGGAAUUGAAAAUUAUUUGGAACAAAAAUAAAUAUGAUCUCAAAAUUCCUUUAGAUGGAACCGGAGCUAAACUGAAAGAGAGGAUUCACACACUUACUGGUCUUCCGCCGGCUAUGCAGAAAGUCAUGUACAAAGGACUGCUACCAGAAGACAAGACACUUCGUGAAAUUAAAGUAACAAAUGGUGCAAAAAUAAUGGUAGUUGGAUCAACAAUAAAUGAUGUGUUAGCUGUAAAUACACCAAAAGAAGUAAUUCAGCAAGAAGUUAAAGCUGAGGAAAACAAAAAAGAACCUCUAUGUAGGCAAAAGCAACACAGAAAAGUCCUGGACAAAGGAAAACCUGAUGAUGUAAUGCCAUCUAUAAAAGGAGCAAAGGAGCGCUUACCAACGGUGCCUUUAUCCGGAAUGUACAACAAAUCCGGCGGAAAAGUGCGGCUGACUUUUAAACUGGAGCAGGAUCAGCUGUGGAUUGGAACUAAAGAGAGAACAGAGAAAAUUCCGAUGGGUUCUAUCAAAAACGUGGUAACCGAACCAAUUGAAGGUCAUGAAGACUAUCACAUGAUGGCAUUUCAGCUGGGUCCAACGGAAGCCUCACAGUAUUGGGUCUACUGGGUGCCUGCACAGUUUGUUGAUGCAAUCAAAGACACAGUGCUCGGAAAAUGGCAGUACUUCUAAUGUGCCUCCUUAAUAGACACUGAAGAAUUGGGAUUCAGAACAAAGUAAUUGAAAAAUUAUAACUGGAGCCAAUACGAUGAUCUGAAGAACUUUUGAUUUUUUUUUUUUUUUUUUUUGGAAAAUUUAUGAAACUGAAGGAAUGCUGGUGGACGAAACAUGACCUUUUGGGUUUCAAGUGCACUAAGUGGAAGCAUCCCAUUUUCAGCCUGUUUCAUCAUUCAAUUUUUAAGCAAAUCUAAGGAUAAACACAGAAUUGUACAGAAGUUGCAAAUACAUUUCUCCCAGUUAUUCUGAAAGAAAUAAAAGUUAUUUAAGGAAAAGAAAUGAUGCACUAGAACAUUUUUAUCUAAUAUGUUCUUUGUUACAAUACAAACCAAGCAAGCUUGCCAAAGUUGAAUACAGUUCACAAUGGCCAAUUACUUUUUUUUUUUUUUCCUCUCUCUCGUGGCGUGGAUUAUGACAGCAUAGAUGUGAAACAGUAUUGUUGUAUGACUCCUAAACAGUUAAUGUGAAAGUUUAUGGGUAAUCUCAAUUUCACUGUAUAAAAUAUCAAUUAUCAGUAUCUACUGGCUAUAAGUGUCAUGACUAUUGACAAGUUACUCGGUGUGAACUUUGUUUACCGACAUGAUUUGAUAUUUAUGAGCGAGGGGCUUGUUCACAAUUGGUGACGUGGUAACAUUAAAACUCAUACACCUGAAAGCAUUUUAAGACAAGGUGCUAAAUCAGAACUUUUGUGCUGUGCCUCUGUUUCCUCAAAGCAAAACAUGUUUCCUUUGCAUUAUACUUACAGAGGCACAGUAAUUUGGCAUUCCCUGCUCCAAAGGUACCGUCUGAGACAAACUCACCCCCUCAAACUUCAGUUAUUCUGAGAAAAUACAUGAUGUGAAAAUGCCUCAAUUAGGCACACUGUGUUCCUGCAUAACCUCUGUAAUUUCUGAUCUGUGAUGCACUGUUAGUGGCCAGUGGGGCUGUGGUCAG